AUGGAAUUUGACGAGCUGUUAAAUCUAGAAGAGAAGUUCUACCAGGAGGGUUUAGAAGAGGGCCAGAACGAAAACUUGAAGAACAAUUUCCUCGAGGGAAAGCAGUUUGGGCUACAAGUUGGUUUCCAAAGAUAUGUGCUCUUGGGUCAGAUGCUAGGUCUCUGUGGGAUGUUUGAAUCGUUGGAGUUGGGGAACGCGAUGCUCGAUAAAAACAUAAACACCAUCCGUUCUCUGAUAUGUACCAUUGAGAUGAAUAACGAUGAGGAGAACGUGGAAAAUCUAGAGAAAGUACUUGUUAAACUGAAGAACAAGUUUAGGACCAUACUAUUGAGUGUACAGCGAUUGGUCAAGGAGAAGAACAAAACAACUGGUAACGAGCAAAAUGGGAAGUCCUUGAAUUUUGAUGACGUCGAAAAAUUGUCAAGGAUGAUAGCAGGGGAGAUGAAAGGUUUUGUGGAAGACGAGGACGUCACUGAGGCAAAAACUACUCAGGACCAAGCAAACGACUGGUAA